UAAGCCCCACCCCCAGGUCGAGGCUGGAACACGCCGAGCGUGCUGGGAGCCGCCAUGGCGGACGGUCCUGUAGCGGAGCAGCUGCUGAGGCGGCUGGAGAACGCCGAUGGCGGCCUGGACAGCGCGGAGCUGGCAGCUCAGCUGGGCGUGGAGCACCAGGCGGUCGUGGGCGCCGUGAAGAGCCUGCAGGCGUUGGGCGAGGUCAUCGAGGCCGCCCUUCGCUCUACCAAGCGCUGGGAGCUGACAGCUGAGGGCGAGGAGAUUGCCCGGGAGGGCAGCCAUGAGGCCCGGGUGUUCCGCAGUGUCCCCUCCGAGGGGCUGGCCCAGAGCGAGCUCAUGCGGCUGCCCAGUGGCAAGGUGGGCUUUAGCAAGGCCAUGUCCAACAAGUGGAUCCGCGUGGACAAGAGCGCAGCGGACGGGCCCCGCGUGUUCCGAGUGGUGGACAGCGUGGAGGACGAGGUGCAGCGGCGACUGCAGCUGGUGCAGCGGGGGCAGGCGGAGAAGCUGGGCGAGAAGGAGCGGAGUGAGCUCAGGAAGAGGAAGCUGCUGACGGAAGUGACCCUGAAGACCUACUGGGUGAGCAAAGGCAGCGCCUUUAGCACCAGCGUCUCCAAGCAGGAGACGGAGCUGAGCCCGGAGAUGAUCGCCAGUGGCUCUUGGCGGGACCUGCCCUUCAAGCCCUACAACUUCCUGGCCCGCGGCAUCCUGCCGGACAGCGGCCACCUACACCCCUUGCUCAAGGUCCGCUCCCAGUUCCGCCAGAUCUUCCUGGAGAUGGGGUUCACCGAGAUGCCCACCGACAACUUCAUCGAGAGCUCCUUCUGGAACUUCGACGCCCUCUUCCAGCCCCAGCAGCACCCGGCCCGCGACCAGCACGACACCUUCUU